AUGGAUGGCUUUCUACGAGCCCUGUUCCUGGAGAAGGGCUUCACCGAGGAUCAACUCGAUCAGAUCGAGGCUAAAGACCGAGAGCUACGGCGGGUGGGGGACCUGGCGGCAGGCGCUAGCAGCGAAGACGAUGCUCGCGCCUGGGCGGAGGAGUUGGGUCUCAGCAGCCGCGUGGCGCGCAGCCGCUUCGUCCAGUCUUGGAUGGAAGCAAGGUCUGGGAGCUUUGAUGCCGCAGGGGGCGCCCAGCCAUCACCGCGUCCGGUGGCGACGUCCGGUGAUGAGAUCCUAACACCGGGUCACCGGUGA